AUGAUCGAGUCCGAGAACUUGCGUACGGCGUCGCUGUACAUCAACAACCAGCUGUUGUCCCGCGGUCUGCUCCGCGAUGGCAAUGGCAUCGACUUCGCCCAACCGGGCGACACCGAUACGGCGGUGGCCGAGACUAUGAGCCGGAUUAUGGCCGUGCGAGAUGCCGAACACCGCGAAUCCCUCUCGGCCACAUUGCGGACCCUUCGUGCCGAGUCCUUGCGGCAGGCCAACGAUAUCCAGCGCCUACAAGAGAAAUACUCUGACGCGCAGCGAAAGGUUGGCUUGAGCGAGGCCGCCGAGGCUGCCCUCCGCACAAACCUCAAGACAGCCGAGGGGACCGUUCACCGCCUAAAAGAAGAGGCUGCCCGCACAAAAACACUCGUGGCCCAGACGAGGGCCUCGUGCGCGAACGAGGUGCGCAAGCGGGACCGCCAGAUCGAGGGCCUCAAGAAGGCCGUCACAGAAGCGGGUAGGGCGAGAGGCGCCGGCCGAAGCACCGGCAUCACAUCCAUCAAUGUGGUCGGCGACACCGGAUCCGAAGCCGAGCACGGUGAACUGAUGGUCGACGACGACGCUGAGCAGAGCCACGAUCUCCGCACAGAAACCAAUGCCUUCCUGGCCGAGCUGGCGAAGGGCCUCAGCGAGGAGAAUGAAGGCCUGCUGCAAUUGGUGAGGACAACGACGGAGCACUUGAAAGAGAUGAGCGGCUGGGACGUCGCCAAUGGGAAUAUGAUGGAGAACGGGGACGGCCAUGCUAUGGUUCUCGCGGCCCACCCCGACGAUAUGUCGCUCGAAGUUAAUGCGGUGCUCGACCACCUACGCACCAUCCUGACGAACCCGUCCUUUGUCCCCAUUGAGGAGGUCGUGGUGCGCGAGGACGAGAUUCACAGGUUGCGCGACGGCUGGGAGAAGAUGGAGACACGUUGGAAGGAGGCCGUCCAUCUCAUCGACGGCUGGCGAAAGAGGAUGCAGGCGAGCGGUCGGCCCGUGAACGUGGAAGAGCUGAAGAUGGGACUGCGGCUUAGCCCGGUGAAGGUGCGCAACGUGGAGGAGACUGCACACGGAUAUGCCCUCCGCCUCGCCGCCGUCCUCGAGGACGAGGAAGUGGAUGCUUCUCAACUACUCGACGAUGAAGGGCCAUUGGAUUUGGUUCCGCGCGCCGAAGCCGGCGAAGAUGACAGCGAUACCUCAAGUAUGUUUGAUCACGACGUCGACGUCGACGACUUGGACGUGGAAGAGCCGAACGUGGAGAUCCUGCAACAAUCGGUGAUGUUGCCCUCACCACCACUCCCCCUGCCGCCACAGCUCACCCCGCUGCGUGAUUCUUACACGGCGGCGAACCGUGGUGAUCGCCCACACAACAGAAAGCCCCCCAAGGGCUUCCCGACCAUCUCAGAAGAAAAGAACCGGGACUUCGAGGCGGACGAGCCUCCCCUCCCCCCGCCUCAUGCCGACCAGCUCCAGCAGUCGCCAAACAAGAAGCCAACCCUGUCGCUACGCACAGUGCCGCCGGAAGAGGCUGCCAAGGUGGAGCUGCCGCCCUCUGCUCAUGUUUCGACGCCAGACGCUUCGGUUGGGAGCAUGUUCGCCAAGGCUGCUGACGAACGUACAUCCAAGACCUCGGCAGCUUCCGCGAGGGCCCAAACCCGUCCGGCCCCCACGACGAAGAGGAGGGGGGAGUCCCCCAGGAAGAAUGAUCCGGCAAAGAAAGAGACUACUACAAGGAGGGAGGCCAUCAGGAAGGAGGCUGUUCGGAAGGAACCUGUGAAGAGGGAGACCGCGAAAAAGAAGGAGAGCGAAGAGGUGAAGACGACGACCAAGCCGCCGCCAAAGUCCCGACCGACCCGACCCCCAAUUACCAGAGGAAGGUCAGACACCAGGCCAGACGAUAAGCCGGGCCAUGUAAAGCCACAGCGAGCCACUUCAGCAACUUCGGCGACGUCUGUAAGAUCUGCUGGCACUACUAAAAGCGCCAAUAGAAGCGUUAACAAGAGUGCAAACGCCGAACUGCCGCCUCCUCCGCCACCCCAUGCAUCUGUACCAUCACCGGCGCCAUCACCUAGCCGUUCGCCAAAACGCGUCAACUCCCGCCUCCCGUUACCACGGCCCGGCUGUAACAAUGUGCUCCCCGCCCCGCAACAGUCACCCCUCAACAUGGCCACCAUCACCGCCAAGCUAGCCGCCUCGGAGCGCGACGCAGACGCAGCUCGCGUACGAGCCAAGCUCAAGGCGGCCCGGCUCGGAAAGGGCAUCAGCCUCCCGCCGCCCGGGACAACCUCCACCGCGAGCACGACCCCGACCGAGCCGGAACCGGACCGCAACACGGGCGCCCUGAGCACCCGCUCCGAAACCGACAGCGCCGGGGGCACCGCGUCCGCUUCUGCGUCGACCUCGGACGGCGCGCCUAGCUCUACCACCACCCGCGACGAGGAUGCUGACGAGUUGGGGUUCUCGCCGCCGCGCAAGGCUCAGCAGCCCUUGCCGCAACAGAAGCAGCAAAAGCAGGGCGGUGGCGGUGGUGGUGAAGCCGAACUCAAGAAGUCGCCGGUGCGGAAGAGGGAGCGGAGGACGAGCAAGGCCACCUCGCGCAGACGGAGUACCCUUAACUCGUGGGAGUUGGAUGCCCUAAUUCAGGGAGGGAACGUCACUGUUGAGAGGUAG